AUGCAGCUUUCCAUCGUCUUGGUGAUCGUCAUGGCUGGUAUACUCAAACAUACCUCGGCAGUAUCGAAUGGUACUUCAUAUCACCCGAUCAACGGAUGGUACCCGUGCCACGAGUACACGUUUUCGGAAGCUGGUAGCUCCAGUGAAGAUGCCGAGUGUGCUGUUUACACUGCCCCCUUGUGCUACCCUGGAAUCUGCGAGCCAUCCGAGUUUGCGGAACCUUCCGUUGACAUUUUCGUGAAGCGGCUUCCAGCUUCGGCUGGUGACCCCAAGACAGCUCGCAAUGUUUGGCUUGUUCAGGGCGGUCCCGGUGUUUCGUCAACUACGCUGGAGAUACCAAUGGAGGAUCUCCAUUCGAGGCUUGAAGGCAAGUUCAACGUUUACACGAUGGACCACCGCGGCACAGGACGCAGUACUCUUCUUGACUGUGUAGCAGCACAAAGUACGACGACUGGGUCGACAUUGGGUCGUGACGUCGCCCCGUCCGAAGUCCCAGCGUGUGCGAAAGAUCUGAGGGUGAAGUAUGGGAACCUCGCAUCGUUCUCUACGACAAGCGCUGCUACGGAUCUAUCGACGUUUAUCUCCAAGUUUUCAAAUGGCGCAAGCUCCAUCAUCUAUGGGCUGAGCUACGGAACCGUUGUGGUGGAACGUCUGAUGCACUUGAGCCCACCCAAUGUGGUUGGAUACGUUCUGGACGGCAUUGCAACUAGCUCCGGGGCAUCUGGCAACAAAUUCAGCUACUUCUCAUCGUGGGACGUUGACGCUAACGAAGUGGCCAACCAUUUCUUCGAUUUAUGUGCUCAAGACAGCGCGUGCAGUGCACAUUUCCAGUCCACCGAUUUGUCUACGAUGCUGCAAAAUGUGCUUACGAAAAUUGACAACGACCCCAACUCAACUUGCGCUACUCUUGUGAGCAAUUUUACUGAUGCAACUUCACCAGGGCGGGGGCUUCGAAAGACUCUUGGUGAACAAGUGAAAGGCAAAUGGACGCGUGUGCUCGUCCCAGCAGUGGUGUACCGACUUAACCGAUGCGAUUCCAACGAUGUGGCUGUGCUGAACCAUUUCUUUUCGGCGCAAAGCGAAUCCGGUACUAGCCAAGACGAUGCCUUCGAAUCGACGCUGCUGUAUUAUCUGAUUGUCUUCUCCGAAAUGUGGGAGACGCCAUCUCCUAGCAUCGCUGAGCUGGAAUCGCGCUUUUUGAAUGCGGGUAUUGCUGAUGGCUCUUACGAACUUGGCCCGCUGUAUUGUGCUUUCUCGAAAGAAGAGUCUCCGGCAUGCGACGCGUUAAAGUUUGGUAACUACGAAGGAGAAGGCAUCGUUUACCAGCGUGAUCAGUACUGGAACAAGAGUGCUACGGUGCCCGCUCAAGCCAGCGUGUUGCUCUUGAGCAGCAAAUUGGACUCGCAGACACCUCACAAGUACGCCGAGUAUCUCUUGGAUGCCCUUGAUGCCCCGCAAAAGGAGCUGGUUACGUUUGACGACGCGACCCACGUCAUAACUCAAUCGACCUAUUUCCGUGGUGUCAAUGACACCAUGCGCAGCUGCGGAAUGGAAAUAUUCGCUUCAUAUGUGAGCAAUGACGGCGACCUACAGCAGUUGGACCGGUCGUGCAUUAAGGAAAUGCCGGCCCUAAACAUGACGAUGCCAAUCGGACUCCUAGAAAGCUACUUCAGCACUGAUGACGCGUAUGACGGUGUCUACAAUGCUACCUUGACUCAAAUCGAAGAAUCCGAAUAA